UCUGGUGUUUCUAGUUUAGCUUGCUAGUUUUUGACGACAUGUUUUUUUUUGUUAAUGAUUGUCAAAGCCAAACAAACUAGCAUGAACUGCUGAUUUGGGAUGCAAGUAUUAUAGUUAUAGCAACCUUUUCAAUAGCACAAAUCGGACAUCGGCGGUGCACAAAUAUACGACUGAGCGAACAAGGGAGAGUGUGUGUGUGAGAGAGAGAGACUGAAAGAGUGGUCGUCAUGGCAGCUGAGGCGCAGAGACAGCGGUCUCUGUCCACGUCAGGAGACUCGCUCUACCUGGUCCUGGGGAUAGACAAGAACGCCUCGCCGGAGGACAUCAAGAAGUCCUACAGGAAACUGGCCCUGAAGUUCCACCCAGACAAGAACCCAGACAACCCCGAGGCUGCUGAUAAGUUUAAGGAAAUCAACAGCGCCCACGCCAUCCUCAACGACUGUACCAAGAGGAACAUCUAUGACAAGUACGGAUCCCUGGGACUCUACGUGGCUGAGCAGUUUGGAGAGGAGAACGUCAACACCUACUUUGUCCUCUCCUCCUGGUGGGCUAAGGGCCUGUUCAUCUUCUGUGGCUUGGCGACUGGCUGCUACUUCUGCUGCUGUCUGUGCUGCUGCUGUAACUGCUGCUGUGGGAAGUGUAAACCGCGGCCGCCCAUGGACCAGGAACCAGAGUUCUACGUCUCCCCUGAAGACCUGGAGGCACAGAUGCAGUCUGACGAGAGAGACGUUGGUGGGGACCCCAUCAUGAUGCAGCCGUCUGGAACAGAGACCACCAGGCUGACGUCAGACAACCACUCCUCCUACCGGACCGACACCGGAUACAACUAAUCCCCCUGUACCCCUACACCAGAUAC